GUCAGCUAAACUUUUUUUCUCAGCUCCGCUCUGCUCCGCUCUGCCCCGGGCUUCCCCUUGAAGGGAUUUCCCUCCUCCUCUGUAGCUGACCCUUUAUAAGGAGCGGACUUUCCAUUUCACUGUACUGGCCGUUCUGGCUUCGGGAGCUAGACUUGCCAGGUCCUUUCAGGUGGGCGGACGUAGGGUUUGGAAUCACUGUUCUCUCAUCACGGAAGCGGCUUACAACUGCCUGGGAAGAUGGCCAUGAUCUUUGGAGCUUGGAAGAUACUGUGGACAGUGUUUGCAGUCUCUCAGGCUUUUAGAAUUGAGACCUCCCCAGAAUCCAGGACGCUUGCUCAGAUAGGCGACUCUGUCUCGCUCACUUGCAGCUCCAUGGACUGCGAGGCCCCAUCCUUCUCUUGGAGAACCCAGAUAGACAGCCCACUGAACGCCAAGGUGAGGACAGAAGGGGCCAGGUCCACGCUGACCAUGGAUCCGGUCGGCUUCGAGAACGAGCACUCUUACCUGUGCACAGCGACCUGCGGGCCCCAGAAACAGGAAAAAGGAGUACGCGUGGACAUCUACUCUUUCCCCAAGGACCCAGAGAUCCAGCUGAGUGACCUUCCAGAGGUCGGGAAGCCCGUCACAGUCCGGUGUGUGGUCCCCAAGGUAUUCCCGCCUGACAGGCUGGAGGUGGAGUUACUGAAAGGUGGCUCUACCCUGAUCAGCCAGCACUUUGCAGAAGAUGAGGUCAAGAAGGCCCUGGAAACCAAGAGCCUCGAAGCCUCCUUUACUCCCACCGUUGAGGAUACUGGGAAAGUACUUGUCUGCCGAGCUAAAUUAAAUAUAGAUGAAAGCACUGAUUUUGAAGAAUCAAGCCCCAAAGAAAGGGAGACUAGCCGAGAGCUGCAGGUCUACAUCUCGCCCAAGAACACAGCGAUCACUGUGCAUCCCUCUGCGAGCCUGCAAGAGGGCGACUCUGUGACCAUGACGUGCUCCAGCGAGGGGCUGCCAGCGCCUGAGAUUCUGUGGAGCAAGAAACUAGACAAUGGAAACCUACAGCUUCUUUCAAGGAAUGCAAGUCUCACCUUAAUUGCCAUGAAGAAGGAAGAUUCUGGAAUUUAUGUCUGUGAAGGAGUCAAUCAGCGUGGAAGAAACAGAAAAGAGAUCGAAUUAGUUGUUCAAGAAAAAGCAUUUACUGUUGACGUCUCCCCUGGACACCAGGUUGUCACUCAGGUUGGAGACUCGCUUGUGUUGACCUGCAGUGUCGCAGGCUGCGAGAACCCAUUUUUCUCUUGGAGAACGCAGAGAAACAACCCUCUGGGUGGGAUGGUGAGGAGCGACCGGACCGAGUCCACCGUGGCCUUGAGCUCUGUGGGUUUCGAGAAUGAAGAUCAUUACGUGUGCACUGUGACCUGCAGACACAGGAAGGUGGAAAGGGAAAUCCACGUGAAGCUCUAUUCACUCCCUCAAGAUCCAGAGAUUGAGAUGAGCGACCUGCUAGUGAGUGGGCACCCCACCACCGUAAUCUGCAAGGCUCCUCUUGUGUACCCCGCUGCCCGCUUGGAGAUUGAAAUAUAUAAGGGGGAAGCUCUUAUGAUGAAUAAGUACUUUUCCGGGGAGAUGAACAUGACAUCCCUGGAGAACAGAAGUUUGGAAAUGACCUUCACGCCCAGCCCCGAAGACACCGGAAAAGUGCUCGUUUGUCGGGCUAAGUUACAUAUCGACGGAGUGGAAUCGGAACCCAAGCAGAGGCAGAGUGCGCGGCCACUUUCUGUCAGGGUUGCCCCCGCAGGCGCUACCGUCCUGGUCCAGCCCUCCUCCACCCUGGAGGAGGGCAGCUCUGUGAACAUGACGUGCACUGCCCACGGCCUGCCCGCGCCCAGAAUCCUGUGGAGCAGACAGCUCAGCAGCGGAGAGCUGCAGCCGCUCGCGGAGAACGCCACGCUCAGCUUAGCUUCCGCCAAACUGGACGAUUCUGGCACUUACGUGUGUGAAGGGAUAAACGAGGCUGGAAUAAGCAGGAAAGAGGUUGAACUAACUAUCCAAGUGGCUCCAAGAGAUAUACAGCUUACAGCUUUUCCUUCCAAGAAUGUCAAGGAAGGAGACAUGGUCAUUAUCUCUUGCACAUGUGGAAACGUUCCAGAAACUUGGAUAAUACUAAAGAAAAAAACAGAUACAGGAGACACAGUGCUCAAGUCGGUAGGGGGUGUGUACACCAUCCACAAGGUGCAGCUGGAGGACGCGGGGGUGUACGAAUGCGAAUCGAAAGACAAGUUAAGGAGUCUAACACUGGACGUCAAAGGAAGAGACAGUGACAAGGACUACUUUUCGCCCGAGCUCCUUGCUCUCUGUUGCGCCUCCUUCUUAAUCAUGCCUGCCAUUGGGGUGAUCGUCUGCUUUGCGAGAAGAGCCAACAUGAGAGGGUCAUACAGUCUCGUGGAAGCACAGAAAUCCAAAGUGUAGUAACAUCUGAGAUGUUCAACUAGGACCAUUAUUCAUAAACCCAAAACUACUGCUCAUCAUUCCACAAGAAAAGCGAGACAAGUUCUGACUUCUCAGUGCAGGAAAACAGAAGGAAAGGCCACUUGCACCCUUUCGGGGUGUGAGAAGCCAGGGGAAAGCUUAGCGCCUGGAAGGCGGGCCGCAGAGAGGAGCCCCCGAAGCGCUGCUCCGCGGGCGCACAGGAUGACGCUCGGCACACAUGUAAAGUGGAAGCCCGCCACGCGAGGUUGCUUGGAGCGGCAGCGCGCUCCCUUCAGAUCAUGGGAGUGACCAGCCCUUUGCCUGGACGGACUGCUAAUAACUUAAUGUAUCUGUGGGAAUUUAAUUGUUAGCAUUGACUGGCAGCUGACGGACGUGAUCUCUCUAAUGUUACUUCGUUUAACAAAAUCCUCUUCUUACAAAGUUUAUUGAAAUAAUUUCAUGUUUGACGAAGAAGCCAGGGCGUCAAAUUUAUACAGGCGGAUGAUGAAGAGCACACUGGGCUGGCUUCGGGUACUGAAUACCUCAACCUAGGGGGUCCCGGGUGCCUGGCUCCCAGGCAUGGUACUGGCACGGUACGGAGACGCUGUCUGGUGUGGGUUCGUCAGAAUCGUGUGUAACUUUGCAGAGGGAGUUUUAAGAUGCAACUUCUUUUUAUUUUCUUUUGUAAGCAUUUAGGGUUUUUGUAUAGUAAAGUGAUACUUUCUGGA